AAUAAUCAUCGAUUUUUGUCCAACAUCCUGUGCUAUGACUUCGACACGGUGCUAGUUAAAAUGAUGACCAUGGCGUCAUAUUUGUCGGCUUCUUUUGGGGUUUUAUAUUAUUACGUAUACUUAAACGAGUCAUGUUUCGUUCAAUGAUUAUUUUAAGGACAGGACAACCUCAUCUUGUAAUGUUGUUAAAUCGCAACAAUAAAGCGGAACUAACAGCUGCAAACAAUGGUUCCGCCUUUUGAUUCGCCGGACAUUAGAACGCAUUGGACCCAUUGACUGCAGUGUUGUGACUGCCAGAAAGGUGGAUUUGUCCUCAGCUAUUGUCCUAUAACGUCAUUUUAAAAGUAAUUUCUACAAAAGUGUGUUUGAAAUGUCCGAAGAGAAAGACACGAGCAACAAAAAGGGACACACCUACUUUUAUUCACUUCUUUAAAACAAACCUUUUUUGGAUCUCGUGGACGACUCUUGUGAAAGCAAAUGGGCUUCCGUCUGUUGGGGAUUCUGGAUGUGCAGCAGACGCCGUGCGCUCGAGAGGCGGUUCUUCACGGAGCUGGAGGUUCUGCUGCUGCUGGACUCGUACACUUUUUGGCCACCAGUCGCGUCAGGAGGUCGUUUGAUGUUGGCAUGGCGGGCUUCCUGUUGACCACCUUGGCUUCCUGGUGUUACUGUCGGAUGAACAACGCCAAGCUGCGAGUGCAGCAGAGGAUGAUCCAGGACGGACUGAAGAACAAAGUGGUCUACGAGGGAACCAGUCUGGACCCUGCUGUCAGAGCUGGAACAGAGGCCUCGUCUGGCCCCUCGUGACCUCCUCAGAGGAGACGGACUUGUUAAUGAACACUGAGCUGCUAAUAUUUGUUGCCAUGGCAACAUUUUGGACCCUAUCUUAACGCGGACACAUCUAAAGCUGAGUGAUGAUUGGACGCUCAAGCAGGAAGUGACAUUUGUUCACAAGAGAAAGGAUAAUAAAUGUCUGACUUACAAGUUGAUGUCUUGCUGCAGGGUGCAUCAGACUUCAUUAGAUUUUAUUCAAACAGUAAUGUAAGCAAAGAUGAUGGAAGCACGAGGCAUGGAGGAAAGCAUCACAACACUCCAAACACAAAGAGCAAGACAUCGCCUGGCUGAUGCUCGCACCAUGUACAUCCUUCAAGCAAUCCGCAAACUUGUCAGUGUCCUCCUUCAGCAGCAGAAACUGGUCCAACAGUAACGAUGCUUGGACUCAACAUACGCGAUAGUAAAACACACACACACACAGUUUAGCACGGCGAUAACACUGGUUGUAAAUAAACAGCACAGUGGACAAGACUUAAAGUGUAUAUUGUGUGGGACUCCCACACAAUAUAGCUUUAAGCUAAUUUGUUUCUCUGGGUGCUUAAUUUUUUUUUUCUCGGCGCUUAAUUGAAUUAUUUACAAGUCAGUGAUGAUGAUGAGUUAGAUUAUUAGGUACUCCUCCUUUCGACAAAGAAAUUAUAUACUUGCAAAUUUGACAAAAGUGUAAUCUAGUUAGGCCGCCUUGUGAUUGUCAUGUAUGUGAAUUUGCUGUGGAGGUGAUCGCGUUGUCCAGAACCUCUGCACGGUCCCACAAACGAGAAGCAGCCUCUGCUGUGCUGACAGGAAGUGUGCGUGCAUGCAUGUGGUACUGUCGGAUGAACAACGCCAAGCUGCGAGUGAAACUGAGGCUGAUCCAGAACAGACUGAAGAACAAGGUGGUCUACAAGAGAACUCGUCUCAACCCUGCUGUCAUAACCGGAACGGAAGCCUCGUCUGGCCCCUCAUGACCUCCUCAGUGGAGAGGGUUUGUUCAUGAACACUAAGCUGCUAAGAUUUGCUGCCACAUUUUUAACCCUAACUUAAUGUGGACACGUCUAAAACUGAGUGUUGAUUGGACACUCAGGCAGGAGGUGACAUUUGUGCUCAAGAGAAUGGAUAAUAAACG